UCCUUUACUCUUUUAUUGCCGGCGAGUCCCCGCAGGCCAAUUGACUGUUCUACCCCUCACCCGAUCCCCCGAAACAAAACUCACCGAACCAACCGCUGUAGUCAUUUUAGUCAAACCGCAACUCAAACCCCCCGGAUUUCCCUUCCCUCUGUCUAAAUACCCAGAAAAUUGCUCCCUCCGUCUCCUUUCCAUAACCGUUACCCCGAAGCCUGUCGCCGGCGAUGAACUCCGCCGCCAAGAUCCGCCGUAAGGUGGCGCCCGCGUCCUUGGCCGAUGGCGGAGACUCCGCGGACAAGCAGGAGCAACUCCUCCUGUCCUCGGCGAUAUGCAACAACGAGGACCUCGGCCCUUUCAUCCGCAAGGCCUUCGCCACGGGGAAGCCCGACUCGCUUCUCCACCACCUCCGCCACUUCGCCCGGUCCAAGGAGUCCGAGAUCGAGGAGGUCUGCAAGGCUCACUACCAGGACUUCAUCCUCGCCGUCGACGACCUCCGAUCUCUGCUCUCCGACGUCGAUUCACUCAAAUCCUCCCUCCACCGUUCCAACUCCACCGUCCAGUCCGUCGCCGUCCCUCUCCUGAACUCCCUCGACUCUUUCCUCGAGGCUAGGAACACCUUCGUCAACAUCAACCUCGCGCUCCACUCCGUCCACUCCUGCAUCAAGCUGCUUGAGCUCUGCUCGAGAGCAAAUCUACAUCUCUCCAGCAACAACUUCUAUAUGGCUCUCAAGUGCAUGGACGCCAUUGAAGGUGAGUACGUCGAUAAAAUUCCGUCCGUUACUCUGAAGAAGAUGCUCGAGAGGAAGAUUCCCGAGAUUCGAUCUUACAUCGAGAGGAAAGUGAGCAAGGAGUUUGGGGAUUGGCUCGUGGAGAUCCGCGUCGUGAGCAGAAACUUGGGUCAAGUGGCUAUUGGACAGGCGUCCGCUGCGAGACAGAGAGAGGAGGAACUGAGGAUUAAGCAGAGGCAAGCUGAGGAACAGAGCCGGCUCAGCUUGAGGGACUGUGUCUACGCCCUGCAAGAGGAAGACGACGAAGACGUGCUCUGCGGCGCGAUUGAAGCCGGUGGAAACUCGGAGAACGGAGUCCUAGGGUUCGAUUUGACUCCGCUUUACAAAGCUUAUCACAUCCACCAGACUUUGGGCCUGGAGGAUCGGUUCAAGCAGUACUAUUUCGAGAACAGGAAGCUCCAACUGACUUCCGAUUUUCAGGUAUCCUCCAUGACGCCUUUUCUCGAAUCUCACCAGACUUUCUUCGCGCAAAUUGCCGGAUUCUUCAUUGUGGAGGAUCGAAUUAUGCGGACUAGUGGCGGGUUGAUCUCAAAACUUGAAGUCGAGAAUCUCUGGGAGACUGCUGUUAGUAAAAUGUGCUCUGUCUUAGAGGAUCAGUUCUCUAGGAUGCAGACUGCUAGUCACCUAUUGCUCAUUAAGGACUAUGUCAGCCUGUUAGGAGUGACUCUUCGAAGGUACGGGUACCUGGUUGAUGCAUUGCUCGAUGUCUUGAGUAAACACAGGGAUAAGUACCACGAGCUGUUGUUGUCGGAUUGCCGAAAACAGAUAGCAGAAGCCCUAGCUGCUGAUAAGUUUGAGCAGAUGCUGAUGAAGAAAGAGUACGAGUACUCCAUGAAUGUUCUUUCUUUCCAGCUCCAAACCUCAGAUAUUGUCCCUGCAUUCCCCUAUGUCGCACCAUUUUCAUCAACUGUACCGGACUGUUGCCGCAUUGUGCGUUCUUUUAUUGAGGAUUCUGUGAGUUUUAUGUCAUAUGGUGGACAGCUGGAUUUCUAUGAUGUUGUAAAGAAGUAUUUGGACCGGCUUCUGAGCGAGGUUUUGGACGGUGCCUUGUUGAAGAUCAUCAGUUCAUCUAUUCAUGGAGUUUCUCAAGCUAUGCAGGUUGCUGCUAACAUGGCUGUUUUGGAGCGAGCAUGUGAUUUCUUCUUCCGUCAUGCUGGCCAGCUCUCUGGGCUUCCUCCAAGAAUGGUGGAGAGAAGCAGGAGGCAGUUCCCUCUGACAAAGGCUCGGGAUGCAGCAGAGGAUAUGCUAUCUGGAUUGCUCAAGACGAAGGUUGACGGUUUUAUGAUAUUGAUCGAGAAUGUUAACUGGAUGGCUGAUGAGCCUCCACAAAGUGGAAAUGAAUAUGUGAACGAGGUUAUUAUUUAUUUGGAGACCCUCGUUUCUACUGCUCAGCAGAUAUUGCCUGCUCAAGUUCUCAAGAGAGUUUUACAGGAUGUUCUCUCUCACAUCUCAGAGAAGAUUGUCGGUGCUUUAUAUGGUGACACAGUGAAGAGGUUUAACGUUAAUGCCAUAACGGGUCUCGAUGUCGAUGUAAGACUGUUGGAAUCUUUCGCAGAUAAUCAAGGUUCCCUGUUCUCAGACGAGGAAGCUAGUCAAAUGAAAACAGCACUUGCUGAGGCAAGGCAGAUGGUCAACUUGCUCUUGAGCAAUCACCCGGAGAAUUUCUUAAAUCCUGUAAUCAGGGAGAGGAGCUACAACACCCUUGACUACAGGAAAGUAGUAACAAUCUCGGAGAAGUUGAGGGAUACCUCAGAUAGGUUAUUUUCAACCUUUGGGACGAGGGGAUCGAGGCAGAAUCCCAAAAAGAAAUCUCUGGACACCCUGAUAAAGAGGCUCAGGGAGGCGAAUUAAUUCAUACUGAGAGCUGUAGGUGUGAUGGUUCUUUUUUACUUCUGUUGGUUGCUUGUAUAAUUCUUUUGCAGUUGCAGUUUUGCUGUUAUCUCAUAGGCAGGAAGAUCUGAUUGAUGUUCUCUUUGCAUUCCAUCAACACUUGCAUAAGUUCAUUUUGUAUGUAUUACUUUUUAUACCUUGCAUCAGUUGUAUCAUUCUUUUAACCCCAUAUUAUUGAUAAGUUUUGUUGUC